CUAAUCCAACUAACCUCUGACCUUUCAGUUAAGGAAAAGUUUUGCACUUCCUGGAUACUGUUCGAGUGUUUGGAUUUCCUCGGGGCGAUGUGUUUUGGGGAGACAGAAAACACUACCUCAAUAAAUUGAAUCAUAUCCUCCAUCAAAAUGAGUUCAAAAUGGAUUCCCUUCAAGAUUGGACAACCGAAGAAACAAAUCGUUUCCAAAACGGUUGAAAGAGACUUUGAGAGAGAAUAUGACAAGCUCCAAAAGCUGGAGGAUCAGACAAAAAAGCUUCACAAGGACAUGAAGAAAAGCACAGAAGCAGAUAUAGCCAUGUCCAAGGCGGCGGUGAAGAUUUCGGGGGACUUGCUGAGUAACCCCCUGUGCGAGCAGGACCAGUCCUUCCUGGAGUUCAUGACUGCUCUGGACACAGCCAUGAAGAGGAUGGACUCCUUCAAUCAGGAGAAGGUGAACCAGAUCCAGAGGACUGUAAUUGACCCUCUGAAAAAGUACAGCAGUGUGUUCCCGAGCCUGAACAUGGCGGUGAAGCGGCGAGAGCAGGCUCUCCAGGACUACAAGAGACUCCAGGGCAAGGUGGAGAAGUACGAGGAGAAGGAGAAGACGGGGCCCAUCAUGGUCAAGCUGCAUCAGGCCCGAGAGGAACUGAGGCCGGUGAGAGAUGACUUUGACGCCAAGAACAAGCAGCUCCUGGAUGAGAUGCCCAAAUUCUACCACAGCCGCAUUGACUACUUCCAGCCCAGCUUCGAGGCUCUGAUUCGAGCUCAGGUGGUAUACUUUACAGAGAUGCACAAGAUCUUCAGUGACCUGACGGAACAGAUAGACCAAGCCGGCCUCACAGAUGAACAGAGGGAGCGGGAGAACGAGGCCAAACUGAGUGAGCUGCGCGCGCUGUCCAUCGUCGCGGAUGAUUGAGGAGAAAGUUCAGCGAAAGCGCGUCUUCACUUGAUUUUUUCCCCCCACUUCUUUUGCCUCAGUGCACUCCAGUGAAUGGUUUGUUAUAUCGGAUAAUUCCUUGUUGGUCAUCGUCUGGCUCGCUAUCAGCCUUGACACAGUUGAAUGACACUGUAUUGAAAUUUAAUAUUUAUUUAUUUCGGUUUUUCAUCAGUCUAACAUAACCUCUUCAUUUGUAACUUGUAGAGAACACUAAUAAGCGUUUCAGGCAAAAAGCCACCCUUAAAAGCCAUUCUAACAAUGAAGUUGGCUCAAAGCCAGCGCUGGGAAAGACUUGAUUUUUGUUUUUGAAACUCACGUGUUGAAAAUGUGCUGAAGUGGUCACCCACUCAAUUUCGAGCCGCUCGCUUCUCCCUAUUGUCCAUCAUCCGUGAAAGCUUCUCUAGCUCGGCUUUGCGUUCACAUUUAGUAGGGGGGAGAAAAAAAUCGCCCUCGUAGAAAGACUGCAAUCGCCGUUUAAUGGCAAGUCACUUCUAUUAUGUGCUUUAUGUGAAGUGUGGUCUCUAAUGGGUUGUGUAGGCUACUAUGUUUGCCACCUGCGUCGAAAAAGUGCGGUAACAUAAAGCAAACAUAAACAUACACCUGCGUUUAUUUGAAUCUUUCAGAGCUAUUGUUUAUUUUGCGUUGUACAUUCUAAUCCAGUGAUCUUCGUUGUGUCACAUGUAAUGAAAUGUGCAUUGACAAAGUGAAUACAUAUUUGAAAUGACCCGCUAUAGAUAUGACCCAACAACUAGCCUAUGUGGCUUCUGACAUGUUUGUUUGUGUAAGAAUAUUCAUAUAUCUGCCCUCAGUAACCUAGUCAAACGUUUGAGGCGGUGAAGGCUCUAGAUAACGUAAUUCUUAAUGUUAAGUCACCAUUCCUGUACAAUGCGUAUCUUUAACUCUGUAUUGGUGUAUAAUGAGAACACAGGACAUGUAGGCCUACUGCACGGUGCUAUUAGUUACAUUUCGUUCUCACUUCAGUGGAAGCAACAGUAAUGUAUGUGACAUCAAACUGGCCAAAACAAUACUGCAGCGCCCUCUAGUGGUAAUCUUCUUCUGUGCAACACCUUAGUAGGAUUGUGUCAUUAUUGUGUUGGUUUCAUUAGUUUUUCUCAUUGUCUUUGUGUUUUUUUAAUUAUGUAUGUAGGGUUGAAUACUAGAGUGUUAAUUUAUCUUGUGUUUGGAUAGUGUUACACAGCCAUAACACUAAUGUUCCAGUGCCAGUCAAGGCCCUUUUGGUCAAUAGGACCAAUCCCCACAUCACGUUAAGAAGCUGUUAAGACCUUGUUGUAAAUAUUGCCUAUAAAAUGAUGCUAAUGUCAAUCACUGUAUGAAGAAAGACAAGCCCAACUAAUGAAGUAACUCGACCAUGGAAUGCUUGGACUGUUGAAAUGUUUUAAGGGAAGUUUCCUCUGUGCCUUCAUGUUCCUCUGUGUCAUUUGCAGAGGUUAUUGUUUGCUCAUAAUGAAAAUUAUUGUUUUGCUUUCAUGUCUGUGUACUUUUCACUGAAGUCCUAAAUAUUGUUUGGAUCUAUUAACACAUUGCAUCAUCUCAUCCCUUUCAUACGAGUAGAUAACCGGAUAUUUUGCCAUCAUUGUUACUUACCUAAUUUGAAUCAACUCUUUCUGGUAAUGUCGUGUUUUGUAGGGACUAAGUGUGUGUCUUUUUAUUAAAAAGAGGGUACAUUUGAAAAAAUGUGCCGUCCUUUGUCAUGAA